CAAUGGUUGUGUUUACGUCUGGAUCUGGACCCGGUUCUGGAUCUGGACCCGGUUCUGGUUCUGGACCAGGUUCUGGUUCUGGUUCCCUUUGCGGGUUCUGCUGAGUCCGGGUCGGUCCCGGUUCUGGUCCAUGGAGGAGCUGAAAGACCCGGCCGACCGGCCCCCCAGGAAGCGCCGCGACUCCUUGGGGCCGCUGGACCUGGAUCCUGGUCCUGGUCCUGACGAGGACCGGAGCAGCGGCAGCUCCGAGUCCAGCAGCGGGUCCAGCGCCGAGGACAGCGAGGACGAGGACCUGGACCUGGGGGGGGACCUGGGGGGACCCCUGGGAGACCAGGACCAGGGGGACGACGGGCGCGGCCCCCCCACCUCCUCCUCCUCCUCGCUGAUGCUCAUCAGGACCAACGGACAGAUCUACAGCUACCCGGACGGGAAGACGGGCAUGGCCACCUGUGAGAUGUGUUCCAUGGUCGGGGUCCGCGACGCCUUCUAUUCCAAGACCAAGCGUUUCUGCAGCGUCUCCUGCUCCCGGAGCUUCAGCUCCAACUCCAAGAAGGCCAGCGUGCUGGCCCGCCUUCAGGGGAAGCCGCCGACCAAGAAAACCAAGACGCUGCACAAGAUGGCCGCCUUCGGCCAGAGCCACAGGAAGAGCGGACCGACGGAGGCGUUUGAUUGGGGUCGUUACCUUGGAGACGGAGACGUGAUGGGAGCUCCGGUUAGCUGCUUCAAACACGUCCAGCUGGGGAAGUGGUGGACCGGCGUGGGGGACGGGGUUCGGGUCGAGGUUCCAAACACGGACAGCGGUUUCUCCAUGAAGGUUUACUGGAUCGCCGGGGUCGUCAAGCUAGCAGGGUUCCAGGCUCUGCUCCGUUACGAGGGUUUUGACGGAGACGCCUCCAGGGAUUUCUGGAUCCACCUGAUGGACCCGGACGUCCACCCGGUGGGCUGGUGCGCCGCCGGGGGGAAACCCCUGGUCCCCCCUCAGAAAAUCCUGCACCGGUUCAGCAACUGGAAGACGUUUCUGGUGAAGAGACUGACGGGAUCCAAGACUCUCCCGCCGGACUUCCACUCCAAGGUGCAGCAGAGUCUGCAGUUUCCGUUCCAGAAGAAAAUGAGACUGGAGGUGGUGGAUAAAUCCCAGAUCUGCAGGACCAGAGUAGCCCUGGUGGAGGAGGUGAUCGGGGGACGGCUGAGACUCGUCUACGAGGAAAGCUCCGACGGUUCUGACGACUUCUGGUGCCACAUGUGGAGCCCCCUGAUCCACGUGGUGGGCUGGUCCCGCUCUGUGGGACAUAGAUGGAGACGGAGCGAUGUGAUGAAGAAGGAAGGUCAGCUGGACGCUCCUAGAAAACUGUUCCUGAAGGUUAAAGAGGUGGAUCAGUCCGGUCUCUGGUUCGAGGACGGGAUGAAACUGGAGGCGAUUGACCCGCUGAACCUGUCAAUCAUCUGCGUGGCCUCGGUGAGGAAGGUCCUGGCCGACGGCUACCUGAUGAUCGGCAUGGACGGCUCGGAGGUUCUGGACGGGUCUGACUGGUUCUGUUACCACUGCAGUUCCCCGUCCAUCUUCCCUGCAGGAUUCUGCAGGAUCAACCAGAUCACGCUGACCCCCCCCAGAGGUUACUCCGCUCUGCCGUUCCGCUGGUUCGAGUAUCUGAAGGAGACCAGAUCUGUGGCGGCUCCGGUCGGCCUCUUCAACAAGGAGGUCCCGGACCACGGGUUCCGGCCCGGCAUGAAGCUGGAGGCCGUGGACCUGAUGGAGCCGCGUCUGGUCUGCGUUGCCACGGUGACCCGGAUCGUGACCCGGCUGCUGAGGAUCCACUUCGACGGCUGGGAGGACGAGUACGACCAGUGGGUGGACUGCCGGUCCCCGGACCUUUACCCUGUAGGGUGGUGCCGGCUGACGGGGUACCAGCUGCAGCCCCCCAACUCAGGUUCCAGGGACCUGCAGGUUUCCAAGCACCGGAAGAAGAACCAGCAGUACCGGGGACAGAAGAAGAAGAGGAAGCUUCCCGUUGCUAAGCGCCCGUCCGGCCUCUGCGUUGCCGUGGUAACGGGGGACGAGAACGACAGCCCCCUGGAUUACCCAUCAGCCCCUGCUGCGACCUCCGACCCCGACGGACGCCGGGAGGAUCCAGGUCUCCAGGUCCAGGACUGCCCCCCUUCUGGGGGUCUAAGGGGGUCCCAGAGACCUGAACCAGCAACCAACGGAUCCUGCAGAUCCGGGACCAGCGAGGACCAGAUGUAGCCCCGCCCCCUAAAGAUGUAGCCCCUCCCCCUCCAGCAGUAGCCCCGCCCCUCCAUCCGUAGCCCCGCCCCCUCAUGCUGUAGCCCCUCCCCCUCCAUCAGUAACCCCGCCCCUCCAUCAGUAGCUCCGCCCCCUCCACAUGUAGCCCCGCCCCCUCCAUCAGGAUGAUGAAAACAGUUUUCUAAGAUAUUUUCAGAUCAAAGUUGUUGUUGUUGAUAAUGUCGAAGGUGGAAUAUGGUGUUGUUUACUUGUGUGUGUGUGUACAUAUAAAUAUAUAUGUAUGUGUGUAUAUAUGUGUGUAUAUAAAUAUAUAUGUGUGUAUAUUUAUCCUGGAUUCCGGUCCUGGACCAGCUCAGAUCUCCUCAUGGUUAAUAAGAGUUAAAAAGGUUUAAUCAGAUUUAUUAAAUAAAGUAAAGAAUAUUUAUCUGAUUUAAAAAGCAGGAAUCUGAGAAAAAGGGGCGGAGCUCGACUCGGCUCUUUUUAUAUUGUUUCAUUAUUUCUGGCAGCGUAAAGAGAUGACGACGUUUAGAUGUUAAA